AUGAUUUGCGAGGAGGAACCAAAAUUGUCUGCUUCUGUUAUUAAAGAUUUUGAUAAUAAUGAGGUUGACCAGAGAGAUGAUGGUAAAUUCAAUAUUCGUGAUAAUGAUGAUGAUAGUGAACAUUUGUCUUUUGUUGAUCAUUAUGAAAUGGAGGGAAUGCCUACUACCGCUAUGCUAAUUAAAGGUUCUGUACAAAUUGAACGUGAAGUAGAAAGAGAUGCAGUUGCAGGAGGCAUACAUACUUGUGAGACCGUCACUGUGAGUGAUCAGCAUGUAGCCCGCCUAUCAUCAGAUGCUAGUGCUAAACCUGAGCUGAUAGUAAAAGACAGCAGUGGUAGUGGUCUUGCAGGUAGACAAAUUUCUGAAAGUCGAGCAACAACAGGUCCUGAUCCACCGUUAACUUCAUCAACUGGUAUAAUAUAA